AUGAAAGACUUGGGUCCCCUUCGUUACUUCUUGGGUAUUGAAGUUGCGUCUUCUCCAAAAGGGUAUCUUCUUUCUCAAUCUAAGUAUAUUUCUGAUAUUUUUGAGCGUGCUCGCCUCUCUGAUAAUAAGACUGUUGAUACUCCGAUUGAGCUCAAUGCUCGGUAUUCUAUUUCUGAUGGGUCCCCUCUGCCAGAUCCGAGUCUAUAUAGGACAGUUGUUGGAAGUUUGGUUUGUCUCACUAUCACUCGUCCUGAUAUUGCAUAUGUUGUUCACAUUGUCAGUCAGUUUGUUACUUCUCCUACUACAGUUCAUUGGGCUGAAGUUCUUCGUAUUUUGAGAUAUCUUCAUGGAACUCAGUUUCAGACUCUCUUGCUUUCAUCUGCUUCAUCUUUAGAGUUAUGUGCUUACUCUGAUGCUGAUUGGGCGGGUGAUCCUACUGACCGCAAAUCCACUACUGUCUUCUGUAUUUUUCUAGGCAAUUCUCUUAUCUCUUGGAAAAGUAAGAAGCAGGAUGUUAUAUCUCGGUCUUCAACUGAGGUCGAAUAUCGUGAUAUAGCUUCUACUACUUGUGAAAUAGUUUGGUUGCGAUGGUCGCUUGCUGAUAUGGGUGUUUCUUUGCGGCGACCAACUCCUUUACAUUGUGAUAAUAAGAGUGCUAUUCAGAUUGCUCAUAACUCAGUUUUUUAUGAACGGACUAAGCAUAUUGAGAUUGAUUGUCAUAUUACUCGCCAUCAUCAUCAGAAUGGCACAUUGACGUUGCCCUUUGUCUCUUCUUCUUUACAGCUUGCAGAUUUGUUUACCAAAUCAUUGUCCUCUUCGCGCUUUCGUUUUUUGACUGACAAACUCUCGAUGCUUAUAGCUAUCGCAUCAUAA